AUGUCUCUCAACGUUUCCGACCCUGCCCUUGAGGAAGCCUACAAUGAUGUCCGAGAUGACAAGACGGAAACCAACUGGCUGUUCUUUGACUUUGCAGAUGGCAAGCCUGACCGAUUAAGGGUGGCUGGUACUGGUUCUGGUGGAUUGACCGAAUUCUACGAACAACUCACACCCAAAGUCGCCGGAUGGGGUUAUGUACGCAUGAACAUGAGCAACGAUGAGUACUCUCAACGAAUCAAGUUUGUCCUUAUUCCCUGGUGCGGUGAGUCCGUCGGCGUUAUGCGCAAGGCCAAAUUAGGCAUCCAAAUCGCCGAUGUGAAGACAGUGUUGCGCAGUUAUCACAUUGAAGUCCCAGCUUCUCGUGUUCAGGAACUCGAUGAGAACGAACUAUUGACAAGACUUCGACGUGCUGGCGGAGCCAACUAUGAUAGACAGACAAGCUCCUACUAA